AUGACUAGCAACAUUUCUCCACAAUAAUAUAAAUUCCCAUUAGACCUUACAGAGGAAAUAAUCAUUCUACUUCAUCUGAAGAACAAUAAAAACACUCAAGUUCAUAGUCAUCGACUUACAACCGUUAUCAAUUCCAAUUAAAGCAUUUACAACACUUAUUUAUUAAAGGAGACUUGCUUGAGAUACUAUCGUUAUACAACAUUGUAUUACUUAAGAAGGGCCUUACGUAUCCUGGAAUGGACUUUUCAAUAACAAAUGACAACUUGUUGAAGAAAUUUGAGCUCUGCUCCACAAGCAAGAUCGAAGACUCAAUUUUCAUGGAAUUAGGUAACAUUCGUGAUAGAGAUGAAGUAAAAAUUCAACUAUUUGACCUUUAUAAAAAAGCAAGCAAACCGGACAGACGAAUUAUAGAUGUUUUGAUAAAUCUCUUAAAGAAACUGUCAAAUGAUAUUAUUAAAAAGCAUAAGAUCGAAGAGCAAGAACUCUUAGUGAAUUACGUAGAUUCUAUUUUAAACCCUUGUUACAUGAUCCUGGUCAUGAAAAGUUAUUCUUCUGGUAUGAAGCAUUAAAAAGCUUAGAAAGCGAGUAGUGUGGUAUUUCCAUACCUCCUAUAAUAAAUAAACACGAAUUAGACAC